CUCCUCCAAACCCUCCCCCCUACAUCAUUGCAGACUCACCCAGCCUUGCGCCUCGGAGACCAAAAAGCAGCGGAGGAAGAGCCAUGGUGUCAGCGGGCUUCCAAAUCCUGGGCGCCGCCUUGGGGAUCCUCGGCUGGAUCGGGGCCAUCGUCACCUGCGCCCUCCCCAUGUGGAGGGUGACGGCGUUCAUCGGCAGCAACAUCGUCACCUCGCAGACCAUGUGGGAGGGCGUGUGGAUGAGCUGCGUGGUGCAGAGCACGGGUCAGAUGCAGUGCAAGGUCUACGACUCCAUGCUGGCGCUCACCUCCGACCUGCAGGCCGCCCGCGCCCUCAUGGUCAUCGCCAUCGUGGUGGGCGUCAUGGCCAUUCUGCUGGCGGUGGCCGGGGGCAAGUGCACCAACUGCGUGAAGAACCCGGCCUCCAAGACCAAGGUGGCCAUCGCCGCCGGCGCGGUCUUCAUCAUCGCCGGCGUCCUCUGCCUGGUGCCCGUGUGUUGGACGGCACACAGCGUGGUCCGAGACUUCUACAACCCGCUGGUGGUCAGCGCCCAGAAGAGGGAGCUGGGGGCGGCGCUCUACAUCGGCUGGGGGGCGGCCGCCCUGAUGAUCAUCGGGGGCGGCAUGCUGUGCUGCAACUGCCCCGCCAAGGGCGAGGAGUCCUACACGGCUCGCUACAGCGCCGCGCGCUCCGAUGCCACGGCGCCGGCGUCCGGCAAAGAGUUUGUGUAAGGGGACGAGGAUGAAACGUUUACUGGGACUUUAUAGUCCGCGUGGACGGACAGGAAGUUGUUUUUGUAUACGCGCACCGUAUUUGUACAAACAUUGUUAUCACCAACCCUUUUGAAACAUGAUUUCUUACUGCUGAUGUUUCUCGUAAAUAAAUAUUUUGUUAACAAAUGA